GGUAUAUGGACAUUGAAGACCCUGCAACCGGUUCCCAGCAGGUGACAUGCUGAUCUGUCAGUCACUUGUCCACCUGGAUUUUUGUCCUACAUAAUUAGGACUAAUCGCCCCCUGCACCUUUGAAACGAUGCGUUCCAUGAACUCCCAUGUACUCCCAUGUACUCCCAUGUACCCCCUGCUGGGUCAAAUUGAUUCAUGUCAGGUAGUGGGGGUUAAAUUAGCUUUGAUAUGUGAGUUCUCCCCUGCAUGGUGAUUAUGGGUGGAUCGGGUGAAGCAGUAGGUUUGUUUCAUGAGUUAGGGUUGUUGUGAAAGUAUGAAAGUGAUGUUAAGUUUGAAAGUUUGUACCUUUGUGUUGGCUUGAUGCAUUAAGAAUGCUUAAUGGAUAGACAGGAUAGCCUAGUUGCUGUUGAGGGUGUUUGAAGUUUAGCUCUGUUACUGAGUUGUGAUUUGGUUUUUUACAGAUGUCUGUGUUUGUUGCCCCUGUUUUUCAUCACGGUGGGAGACUAGAGAAAGAUUCAAAUGGAGUGUUACGCUAUGUAGAUGGGAAGAUUGAGAAAUUUCCACCGAUGGAUGUUGAUUUUGUCAACAAGAAGGACUUGGAAGAACUCUUCAGGGGAUUAGGUUAUCUGGAAUACUAAUAGGCCUAGAUGGUUGCUUCUUAAAAGGUUAUUACGGAGGGCAGCUCCUAACUGCAAUGGCACUUGAUGCUAACAACCAUGUAUUCGUUAUUGCAUAUGCUGUGACAAGAGCUGAAAACACAGAGAACUGGAUGUGGUUCUUGACGCGGCUUCAGGAUGAUUUGGGAGACCAUCAAGUGCGCGGAUGGAAUCUGAUGUCCGACCAACAGAAGGGACUUAUGCGUGCAGCCAAGGAAGUCAUGCCCUAUGCACACCACAGAAAUUGUGUGCUGCAUAUUUGGAAGAAUCUUCAACAAAGGUUCAAUAACAAGCAGGUAAAGGGUCUGUUAUGGCAUGCUGCCAAGUGCACCACUCAGGUGCAGUUCAAAGCGGCAAUGGAAAAAUUUAAAAGUGUGUGCCAUGGAGGAUGGGAGUACAUGAAUCAAUUUGACCCAGCAGGGGGUACAUGGGAGUACAUGGGAGUACAUGGGAGUUCAUGGAACGCAUCGUUUCAAAGCGAUGGAAGAGUUAGGAUUAAGUACUUGAUAGUAGAGAUUGAAGGUGACAGUAGUGGUAGUGAGAGGCUGCGAGGGAUGGGGUGGAGUGUAAUGAGAACGACAAUAUUAUCCAUGGAUGAAGGUGCAACAAGUAAAGUGGAUUGGUGGCAAUGGGAUGGGGUUUGA